AUGAUAGUUCCAGAAAAAAGAACAUUAGAGGAACCAGAAGUUCGAUCAGAAUCCAAGAAGCCAAACACUUCAACUUAUGUGAAGGGGAUAGCAGCUAUUAAAGCAGAGUAUUUGGUACCUACAUCUUCAUUCACCGUUGUUGAAUACGAUGAUGAUGAAGCUGAAAGUGGCAAUAGAGAAGGAGAAUCCAAACCAAGAAAUAAGAAAAAACAAAAGGGUCAAAACCACAAGCGUGAUUUGAAACAAAAGAAAGAUAUUAUAAAAUUGUGUCCAUCUUUGAUUGAUCCUGAAGACGAUAGGAUUUGUCAAGUUGGUUCAGAUAAAUGCCGCUUUCAUCAUGAUAUUGCUUCAUAUUUGGAAUCCAAGCCACACGAUAUUGAUGGUAUAUGUCCAGUCUUUGAAGCUCUUGGUUAUUGUCCAACUGGGAUAAAAUGUAGAUGGUUAAAGUCACAUUACAACCCAGAAACCUCCAAGUUGAUCAAAGAUUUAGAGAAAACCGAAAUCGCUAAAACUACUAAUUAUGAGGUCAACCAUAUUGAUAAAGAUCAAAAAAUGGAAAUGCAAAAGAAGAAAUACUUUUUCAAGAUUUCACAGCCAGUAAUUAAGUACUUGGAUUCUCGAAUUCAAAACGAUGAAAACUUAGCCAAGCAAAAGGAAGAACGUAAAGACAAUGAAGCUAGUUAUGUAGAAGCACCUUUCACAAUCUCCGAAAAAAAGAAGCUUCAUUUGCGUAAUGCCAAAAUUGUUUCCCCAUUAACAACAGUUGGUAAUUUGCCUUACCGUCGUUUAAUGAAAACCUUGGGAGCUGAUGUCACGUAUUCUGAAAUGGCACUUUCGGUUCCUUUGAUCCAAGGACACAAUCCUGAGUGGGCGUUACCAAAGGCACACAUAAGCGAAUAUCCAGGGUUUGGUGUCCAAAUUGCCAGUUCUAAGCAUUGGGCUGCUGCUAAAGCUGCUGAAGCUAUCUAUAGGAAUACAACUCAUGUAUCGGAAUUGAAUUUGAACUGUGGUUGUCCAAUUGAUUUGUUGUAUAAACAAGGACAAGGAUCUGCAUUAUUAGAUCAACCAUCAAAGUUAUUGCGUAUUUUGAGUGGUAUGAAUGCAUCAUCUGGGGAUAUUCCCGUCACGGUUAAGAUAAGAACCGGAAUUAAAGAAGGGAAAAAUACUGCUGUAAACUUAGUAUCAAGAGUAUUGGAUGAAGGAAAUGCUGCUGCCAUAACUUUACAUGGUCGUUCUCGACAACAACGUUAUUCCAAAGAAGCGGAUUGGAAUUACAUUGCCGAAGUUGGUACCGUAGUCAAAAAUUGGAACGAACAGCAAAAAGAGGACAAAGAAGCUAGAGAUAGAGAUCCGGUUUAUUUCGUUGGUAAUGGUGAUGUGUAUUCUCACGAAGAUUGGUAUAAACACGUGAACACCGAGGGAAUAGAUUCCGUUAUGGUUGCUAGAGGUGCCUUGAUCAAACCAUGGAUAUUUGAAGAAGUCGAAGCACAGCAAUAUUUGGACAAGUCGGCUAGUGAAAGAUUAGACAUUUUAGGAAAAUUUGCUAAAUAUGCAAUUGAACAUUGGGGUUCUGAUGAGUAUGGUGUUGGGUUAUCAAGAAGAUUCAUGUGUGAAUUUUUAAGUUUCACACACAGAUAUAUCCCAGUUGGUAUUAUGGAGAGAUUACCCCCUAGGUUGAACGAGAGACCACCGAAAUGGGUUGGUAGAAACGACUUGGAAACUUUACUUGCUUCUACUGAUUACAAGGACUGGAUUAAGAUUACGGAAAUGUUCUUGGGGAAAGCAACUGAUGAUUUUCAAUUUACUCCUAAACAUAAAAGUAACGCCUAUGAAAAUAAAUAA